GGAGCUGCAGCCACCGGGGAGCCAGGUACCUUCCGCGAGACGUCGAGGGGCGAGUCCUAGUCUCUUUUCCCCGCACUGGAAGACUUGAACGCUUCCUUCUCUGUGCGUACGCCCUGCGGCGGGACGCACCAUUUCUUGGGAUAGGGUGUGGAUAGAGGGGCGAGGGGAGCUGGGUUCCCGAGACCCUGGCUCAACUCUUCGCCUUGUCCCCUGCACCAGCCCCAAGUCUAGGCCAGGAGCUGGAGCCUGCGGCAAAAGUCUUGUCCUGGAGGUUAAACCCUUCACCCUGGAUUAAGGGCAGGGACGGAUCUGCCCUGCUUCCUGUUCCUCUCACCCCUGGGCUUCGCACCGGGCAACCCUGGUUUGGAAGGCUGGAGACUUGGAACCUGCUUGGGAUUGAAAAGAGCAAGGGCUUUGGAGUACCUGGGGCAUUCAACAGAUGUUUUCCCAGCGCCUGUUCUGGUCCCUGCUCUGGGGACCCAGCAGUGAACAAAGUCCUUGCUCUCACAGAGCGCUCAGUCUACGGAGUGGGCGGGUGAGGAGAUGCAGUAAAGCAAACAGGCAGCAAAGCACCUGCUCUGAGUGGCCAUGGGGAAGCGAUACUUCUGUGACUACUGCGACCGCUCCUUCCAGGACAACCUCCACAACCGCAAGAAGCACCUGAACGGGCUGCAGCACCUCAAGGCCAAGAAGGUCUGGUACGACAUGUUCCGAGAUGCAGCUGCCAUCUUGCUGGAUGAGCAGAACAAGCGGCCCUGCAGGAAGUUUCUACUGACAGGCCAGUGCGACUUUGGCUCCAACUGCAGAUUUUCCCACAUGUCAGAGCGAGACCUGCAGGAGCUGAGCAUCCAGGUGGAGGAGGAGAGGCGAGCCAGGGAGUGGCUACUAGAUGCUCCUGAACUCCCCGAGGGCCAUCUGGAGGACUGGCUGGAGAAGAGAGCCAAGCGGCUGAGCUCAGCCCCAAGUAGCAGGGCUGAACCCAUCAGAACCACUGUCUUCCAGUACCCCGUGGGCUGGCCACCAGUUCAGGAGCUGCCUCCAUCCCUGCGGGCACCCCCACCUGGGGGGUGGCCUCUGCAGCCCAGAGUCCAGUGGGGCUGAGCCCCUUGCCCCCGACUGACCCCCACGUGGUCACUUUUCUCAUCAGUCACAAUAGGAAGCCAAGCCCGGUUCCUGCCACGCCCCAUGGAGGCUCCGAGACCAUCUGCCCGGCCUCACUGAGGCUCAGGACACGGCCACACCAAGUGCAGCCCUCGUCCUGGGUCUGCACCGGGCAGCUCUCCCCUCACUCUCCUCCACCUGCCCCCCUGCUUCUUAAGAAGAUGGGGGAGAAAACUUCCAAAUGUUUAUAAAGAAAGUCUGUCACCACA